GUUAGUAAAGUCUUGCUCGAAUGAUACGAGGUCGUCCAACGUAAACAAAUGGCAAUCGGAGCCGGGGAUUCUCCACCGUCGGAUAUUAGAUCUACCAAGAAGGGACGGUGGAUACUUCAAGUUCGAAACCAUCGUCGGCGUCUCAAACUCCCCCAUUAAAGGCGUCGACAAAGACGGAGAAGAUCAAUUGCACGCCUCCAACUGCGCUUUCUACUGCCACCGCCUCUCCGCCUUCAGCGAUCCGCUCCGCGUCGUCCUCCUCUUCCUGCAGCGAUGGGUUCUAGGGGAGGCAACAAGAAGCCGUUAGGGAACCGGCCGACCAUCCGGACCCUCGCGGAUCUGAAUCGGAGCUCCGGCCACGGCUCCGAUAGCGACUCCGACGGGCCUCAGGAGUACUACACUGGCGGCGAGAAGAGUGGGAUGCUGGUUCAAGAUCCAUCAAAACAUGGUCAUAAUGUGGAUGGCAUAUUUGAGCAAGCUAGGCAGAUGGGAGCCAUGCAAGGACCAAUCGAGGCUAAUCAUCCAUCAUCAAGUUCAAGAAGUUUUACCGGAACUGGUAGACUCCUAUCAGGUGAAACAGUCCCUGCUGCUCCCCAGCAACCUGAAAACAUAGUGCAUGAUAUCCACUUUUGGACCAAUGGAUUUACUGUUAAUGAUGGUCCAUUGAGGAGGUUUGAUGAUCCUGAAAAUGCACCCUUCUUAGAGAGCAUUAUGAAGUCUGAAUGCCCAAAAGAGCUCGAGCCAGCAGAUAGGAGGUCCGUGGUACAUGUCAAUCUCGUAAGGAGGGCAGAAAAUUGUCCUGAACCUGCGAGACGCCUUGCUCCAUUUCAGGGCGCAGGUAGGACACUAGGAAGUGGAUCCUCAAACAGUUCUGGCAGUGAGCUUGCUGACACUGCCACAGCAUCCAGUAGUACUCCCUCAUCGUCCACAGGCCUGGCCGUUGACGAAUCUAAGCCAUCUACUACCAUCCAGCUGAGGUUGGCGGACGGGACCAGGAUGAUUGCGCGUUUCAACACCCAACACACCAUAGCAAAUAUACGGUCUUUCAUCGAUGCAUCUAGGCCCGGGGCACCAAGUUCUUACCAGCUACAAACAGUUGGUUUUCCACCCAAGCAGCUCAAUGAUCCGAGCAAGACGAUCGAGGAAGCCGGCCUUGCUAAUUCAGUUGUCAUUCAGAAACUAUAACUCGAUGCAUAGCAGCAAUGUCAGUUCCUACCAUUUAAAGACAAUUGCAGUUGCUAAAACUCCAUGAUUAUCUGCACCACUAUGACAUGCUUGUAAAAUUCUUGGACCCAAAGAUUAGGGCUAGACUGCUUUAAAUUUUAUUUGCCUUCCAUGACAUGAUGAACAUACAAACCACUGAAGUAAGAAGCUUUGUUUAUCUAAAAGAAAUGUCCGCAUAUGCCAAGUACUUGUGAAUGGUUCCUGUUGUUAUAUGAACUUGUUUAAGCAGCAGACAAGUUUUGUCAAACCAAGUUUUGUUGCUCA